GUAAUUUCUUUCCACGACCAUUAAGGGACGAAAGGGAAAGCCCCCGUCGUGUAGCUUCCGUUAACGAGGAUCCUAACAAGGGUUGCAGUACAACUAACGUUUUGGGCAUCAAGAAUGUUGCUGCUGCAGCAAACAUAGAUGAGUUCUCGAUUGGAAAUCAAAGCGUGGCCGAAGAUAAAGAUGUAGAUGAGUCAAAGUUUAAAAUUAAACCCGAAACGGAGGACAAAGGUAAACGAAUGAGGAGCGACGAAUGCAGAGACCAGGGUGAGCCUCGUACUUGCAAGCUUAGAAAAAGGCGAAGCGAUUCAGACUUCCCGGUGCUACUGACAGCAGGUUCAUCAGUCGACAAGAACAUGGGAGAACCAGAAAAUUUUACGCGUCGGAACUUAUCACAAGCACAGGUGCGAAUGCAGCUUCAGGGGUCGGAGGAGACGGACGAUAGAAAUCUCACUAAAGAGGGGGCAAAGAACGUGGUUGAGAGGCAAAAGGCGAGCCAAAGAGAUGAAGACCUCGUUGACAACGUUCAGCAAGAAAGCACAGCGACCUGGGAAGUAAAGAUGUUGUCUCAGACACCCGUAGAGCAGUGGCUAUGCGAUGUUUUUUUCAUGCCUAUCGGGAUUGCCGUGACGCAGAUUGUGCUGCUGCCUCUUGCAGAAAUCGUGCUGACGCACCUGACACAUCUGUUCGACUACAUUCUUCAAGGUUGCUGUUGGCACUACACGACCUCUCGGUCCUCUCAACAAGGAAAUCGACAAGGGUAUGAUACACAUACAACAAGUUAUACAGGAUUCAACUCCACACCUGACAACAGAAACUUCAUCAAUGCCGGCUUGUGGUUGUGGUCUGCGAGUCAAAUAUUGCAACUAGCGUGGAUCUUAUGCUACCACUGCACCUGGAGUGUAAAUUCCUGUCUGGGGCACCGCCCCACAGGGUUUUUUAGGGGUGUGCCUGGUCGUGAUACAGAGUGCGAACAAGAUCUACAACAUCGUCCUAUUUUCAGUCAAAAAAAGGCAGACGUGACCACGGGCGACAGUGUGGAAGCUGUGGCAGAAGAAGAAGAAGUCAUUGCAGAGAAGAGCACGGAAGCUCUAGAUGAAGAACACCGCGGCGUCGUGGCCACGCGUGGAGCAAGGCGAAGAAAAGCGUGGCGCGAAGAUUCUACAAUACUGCAAGCAACGAACAGCAGUCGCGGAGUUUUCGGAUUACUUACAGUUGGGGACGGCUAUCAUGCGAAUCAUCACCGGCAUCCUUCUUCAGCGCGGCAUGCCAGUGCACAUCGAGUCGAUCUUGCAUAUGCAGCAUUAUGCGUCUUGGCAAUGUGUGGACUUGGAAGACUGAAAGGGAAAACGGAAAAUGAGUAG